AUGCGCUUGUUUGCGAGCGCGUUUAUCCAACUGGAAGAGUUUUAUUGGAUACGAGCUCAGGUUUCCUUGCAAUUUUGCCGAAAGCUCCUCCUCAUAUCAAUCGAUGUUGUGUCAAGCGUACCUGACCUAAAACAGUGUUAUCAUCACGUAAAUAAGCAGCACUGUUGUCUGCCUCCGAGCACACACACACACCCACAUCCAGGCACGUCAUCGAUCGUUGUUUCGGAGGUCCUGGGCCCCAUUUUGAUGAUGGAAUUGCCUGCUUAUUCCGCUUUCCUAAUGCUGCAAGCUGGAGGCACACUCUCAUCGCUGCGGUACUGCGCAAACAUGUUUUAUAUCGAAUCGAUACCUUUAAAAAUGUCAGUGGCCGGUGCUCAUUUUUUUCCUGAUCCACAGCCAUACGGCGUUCGUCGCGGUCGCCUGCGCAAAUAUAAGUUCUACCUACUAUGUGUAUCUAUACAACAAACAGUGUGCUUUACGAAAACAACGUUGAGGUUAUCCUAUCAGGCAACUUGUUAUGCUUAA